AUGAGCUCUCCUAUCAGUGAGAUUGUGUUCGCAUCGCAAAUGAGCUCUCCUAUCAGUGAGAUUGUGUUCGCAUCGCAAAUGAGCUCUCCUAUCAGUGAGAUUGUGUUCGCAUCGCAAAUGAACUCUCAUAAAGAUGCUCUAAAACUGCUAGGAUGCUGCUUAGAGACUGAACUUCCAAUUCUAGUUUUUGAAUCUGCUGAAAAUGGAACACUUCAUGAUCGCAUUUAUAAUCCCCAUCUAGCUGGUUUUCAACCUUUAUCAUGGACAAAUAGGCUAAGGAUUGCAAUUGAUCAAGAUUAUGUUCCCAAGCUCACUGAUUUUUCUUUGUCCGCACCCAUUCCUGAAGGUGAAUACCAUAUAGAACAUGGAGUACGUACUGAGAAAGUCCCAAAGGAGACACUAGGAUUUCUUGCUGCGGAGUUCUUCUCAAAAAGUACUAUAAAUGAGAAGGUGGAUGUUUAUAGUUUCGGUGUAGUUCUCCUUUCGCUUUUGACUGGAAAGAGGAUGCAACAUCCUCUUCCUUUUGCAACUCCUGAGAAUUAUUUGGUGGACGGUCUGAAGGCAUAUGCGGAGACAAAAAGGUUUAACUAUGAAAUUGUAGUAGACCCCUUUAUUUUACAAGAGGGUCCCUGGCCUGGGAAAGAGCAGCAACUACAAAAGUUUUCUCUGCUUGCCCUUCAGUGCUCCUGUGAUCUUGAAGAAAAUAGGCCAGCAAUUACUGAAGUGGCAAAACAACUAAGGCAAAUCUAUCAGUCUGCAAGUAGUAAUUGUUGA